AUGGGAGUCUCUCGUUCCGCCACGGUAGUUCUGGCCUAUCUGUUGUGGCGAUCACGACAGCCUCAGACAACAGACUUCCAGCGUAAAACUACGUCUAUGCCAUUAUCAACCGAGUCGGAAAUGGUGCCCUUACCACCAAACCCGCUCUCCGUUGAGUCAGCACUGGCUCUGCUCCGUGAGGGGCGACCUCGGGUCGAGCCCAACGAAGGCUUCAUCAAACAAUUGCGGAUGUACGUCGAGAUGGGCUGCCCAACGACACAGAAGGAGCUCGAGAAACACAAGAUCUAUCGGCGAUGGAUGAACUCACGAAGUGUGAUGGACGCCCUCAGCGUGAACCGCGCCCCUGAACUUGAGCACAUUACUUGGCGCGAUGAGGAGGCCGAAGAUGACGGCGAGGACGAGCUAGUAGAUGGAGAAAGCGAGGCACAAAGACGACGUUGUGAGGCGAAAGAAGACCAUCCGGAUCCUGAGAUCACAGACCCGAUGUUUUCAACAUCCGAGCUCGGCGCACACACCACACAGAAGCAUGUGGCAGAAGUGGACAUCAAGUGCCGCAAAUGUCGGCGGCUGCUUGCAAAAUCGAACUUCAUCAUCCGUCACUUGCCUCCACCGCAUCGUGACCCAACAGCUAACGAAGCAUGUGCACACAUCUUCCUGCACCCACUGUCAUGGAUGAAGAGCACGCUUGCUGAGGGAACGCUGGACGGGCGUCUGACGUGCCCGAACCCAAAGUGUGGGGCCAACGUCGGCAAGUUUGCAUGGCAAGGUCUACGUUGUAGUUGUGGUGGCUGGGUCACCCCCGGGUUUGGUGUGGGGAAAGGGAGGGUUGAUGAAGUGCCUGUCAGGAGGAUUUCACCCGCUACGAUGAACAAUAUUGAGACUGAUAGCAAAGAUGUCGGAGACAGGGGCGCCAAGGGCGUCGUGGAUGCGACCGCAGAUCCAUCCUUACGCCAGCACCACCCCGCGGUGCGACUCCCCCCAGGGAUGAGGCGUGGAGGGGCCGGAAACCUAUGA